CCUGAGCCGAAGCUGGACGCUCAACCGACUGAGCCACUCAGGCGCCCUUCUUUAUGGAAUUUGAGGUGAGGAGUGAGGGUCACACAGACAUGUGUGGGCUGAGAGCAGCUCUAGAGUGAAGGUAUGGAAUCUGUUUUUGCCCUAGUUUCCUUGGGAGCCAGAGAAACUUUAGGUUUCAAGGCUGCAGUGUUAAAGAGUCCAGAGUCCUCUUUUUGAAGUUCAGGUCCAGUUCAUUUGCUUGUGGCUUUCUGGGAGGCCCAUUUCCCUGUUCUCAUGCACAGCCUCUUAGUAAUAAUACCUGGCUCCCCACAGGACCACAGUGACUUUUGUACUGUGUGUUGAGCAGAUACUAGCUGGAGACAGAUACGGACUAGUCAGGUGCUUGGUAUGGAUCCUCAUUCUUUAUCUUAUUAGUCUUUUGGCCAUGGUCAAGAUACUUCUCCCUGAGCCUCAGUUUCCUCAUCUGUACGUUUGGGACAAUACAAGAGCACCCAUGUCAUAGGGCUGUGGUGAGGAGUAGACGCGGUAAACUGUGUCGGCCCCUCAGCCCAGUGCCUGGUGCAGAAUGAGAGCUUAACAAAUAUUUGUUGUUAGUUGUUAACUGUUUCUAGGACAGUUUCUCAGGAGACUUAAACAUACUUAAGAACAGAGUCUAAUGGGAAGAAGCCAGCAUAGAGAGUUUGGACCUAAGUGAGAGAGGGUAUUAAGGGACUGGAUUCCAGAGAGGCAAGGAUGGUAGGAGGUCAAGAGUAGACUUUAAAGGGGUGUUUUCAGCAGGAGAGGGAACCUGUGGAGGUGGUGGGAGGGUAAUAUUUUCUGAGAUCGCGUCCGAGUUAGAAUUGUCUGCUGGGAGAGACACUUACUGAAAGUGGCAUCUUGGGAGGCUGUUGUGGACAGUGGGACAUCGGGGCACAUGGAAGACUGGAUGAGCCACCCUGAGACCCUGAAAUUGCACACUAUUAACUUACAGUGACACCAGCCUAUGUGUUUCUACAGUUUUGCUUGGCUGUGCCGGGUUCGGCCGGAUGGCGAGAUGUAAAAGUAAGAUUAGUUUUAAGGGUUUGCAAGGCAGAUGCCAGGAAAGAAUAAAGAGGCUGGGAACGUGGGUGCAGGGACAUGCAUGGUGAGGCAAACUGCUGAGUCCUGCUUGGCUGCGGAAGGGGUACAGAGAAGGUGGAGGGCAGUGGUCUGUAAUACACAUGCACACACACACACACACACACACACACACACACGGUACAUAGUUCCUUUGUUAGUUCAUCCUUGCUAUUCGUAACAUUAAUUCUUCGCGUUGAUAACUGAAAUGUUAAGACCAACUGCUAAAGGGAAUUUACUACUCUUUCAAAUGGGCACAAUCCAAAUGUCGAGUUAGUUCUAGUACAUAAUUUUGAAGUUGCCCUGAUUUCGUGUGGUAUGCCAAAUCUGUAAAUGAUAGGUUGUGAUCCUUAACGUUGGGUAGAGUUUAACCACAUAACGGGACAUUUCAUUUUCAUUGACUACUUCUGAGGAACUUACCACUUAGGCUAAAUUGAGCACUUCAAAGAUAGCCGCAUAAGUAGAAUAGACUUUAUAGAUGCAUUUCAUGUGUUCGUGACUAAAUCAGCCUGUCUCUGAGGCAGAAGUCACCUGUGAUCUGAGCCUGGUGUGCCUGAACUUUGGUAGUUCACAUUUGUCCUUUCGUUUUUGUUUGAGGAGUAUAGCGAAUCGGGAAACAAUAACGUUCAUUCUUCAGUCACUGAACUUUCAAGGACCUUCUUGUUUCCAGCAGUGAGUGAGUUCAGAAGAACAAAGCAAAUGACCAGGAUGAUGACCUGUGAGGAGCUUCUCAGCCUGAUCCCGCCGUAGUGGGGUCCACACACACACCUUGGGGUUGCUCACCACUGGCCGUUGGUGGCUGGAAGAAAUAUUUAGAACUCUUUCAGUCUCUGUAUGUUUUAUAACAUGUAGUAUAUAUGGAUGGUAGUACAUGGCUGAAAUACGAAGAUAUACGUAUGUUGUGGCUAUCCUUUUUUGCUUGUAAUGUGUAUAUGAUCAAAAAAUAUUUGGUGGUUAUAUGUUGGUAUGUAUUUUUAAAUGUAUACAUUUUUGACAACCUAUGUUUGAACAUUUUGAGGAAACUUAAGAGUUUCUAUGUAUGGUAAACCAUGUUCUUAAUGAUGAAGUAGUUGUACUUAUUGCCCGCAUUUUUAGAGUAAAGUAGGACUUGUUAUAUAAAAAGACUUGUUAAGAUCUGGCUUGACAAAUUUGAGUCUCUUUCCCAAGAGAUUUGCUUCUUUAUGUUGGAGGAACUUUACCUUAUGUACCAUGUGUCCCUUGUUCUAAAGAACCAAGGGCUCCUACCAGCUGUCAAAUGUUGGAAAACGGAGCCUGGAGAAUGGUUGAAGGCCACACCCCCGGUCACCCAUCAGUCCCAUCCCAAAGGGUGACCUCUGGUGAACUAUGCUCGUGUGUGCGCGCACACACACCCCCACUGACAUCAUAAAACAACGGGAUUGGAACGCCACCCAGCAAUUUCCUGGACCCAUUCUCUUUGCUCAUUGUUUGAUGACGACGAGAAGCAUGCUCUCACUGGACCGCCCGGCGCCGUGUGUUACGCAGAAUGUCUCUGAGUGAGAACGCGGUGUUUGCCUACGAGUCUUCAGUGCACAGCACCAACGUCUUGCUCGGCCUCAACGACCAGCGGCAGAAGGACGUGCUGUGCGACGUCACCGUCCUUGUGGAGGGCCAGCGCUUCCGUGCCCACCGGUCUGUGCUGGCGGCUUGCAGCAGCUACUUCCACUCGAGAGUGGUUGGCCAGGCCAACGCCGAGCUCAGCAUUCCUCUGCCGGAAGAGGUGACAGUUAAAGGAUUUGAACCUUUAAUUCAGUUUGCCUACACUGCCAAACUGAUUCUAAGUAAGGACAAUGUGGAUGAAGUGUGCAAGUGUGUGGAAAUUUUAGGUGUUCGUGAUAUCGAGGAGUCCUGCUUUCAGUUUCUCAAAUUUAAGUUUUUGGACCCCACUGCAGACCAGCAAGAACGCCUCAGGAAAAAAUGCAUCCCCACACACUGUCAGAAAGCAGACCUUAAGUUCUCACUUUUGGACCAGAGGGAUUUAGAAAUUGACGAAGUGGAGGAAUUUUUGGAAAACAAAAAUGUCCAGACUCCGCAAUGGAAACUGCAUAGGUAUCAAAGCAACGCGAAAGUAUCAUCUCCUCUACAAGACAGUGCCAGUCAAACCUGUGAAUCCAUGUGCUUAGAAAAGGAUGCUGCUCUGGCUUUGCCAUCCUUAUGCCCCAAAUACAGAAAAUUCCAAAAAGCAUUUGGAACGGACAGAGUCCGUACCGUGGAAUCCAGUGUCAAAGACAUUCAUGCUUCGCCUGCUCAGCCAAACGAGACCUCUGAAAAUGAAUGCCUGGCAGUCCAGGACUGUGCAGAUCUGCCGGUGACUUUAAAAUGUGAAGAAAGUAAGUUAGCAAUGGAACAUGAAGAAACCAAGAAGACAGAGCCUGCUUCUCAGUGCGCAUCAGAAAGGCCAGAAGUGUCUCCUUUCCCCCACAAUUCUUCUGCAGCCCCUCACAUGCUCUAUUCGCUGUCUCUCUUACACACCUACGACCAGUAUGGUGACUUGAAUUUUGCCGGAAUGCCAAACACAGCAGUGUUAACAGAAAAGCCCUUGCCGGGUACAGAUAUUCGGGAAGAGAGAACGUUUGGUGAAAGUCAGGAUUUACAUCUGAAGUCUGACUCCGGCCCCAGGGAAGACAGCAGCCUUGCCUCCAGCGACCGGAGCAGUGUGGAGCGGGAAGUGGCGGAACACCUAGCAAAGGGCUUCUGGAGUGACAUCUGCAGCACAGACUCCCCUUGCCAAAUGCAGUUAUCACCUGCUGUGGCCAAAGAUGGUUCGGAACAGAUGUACUCGCAGAAACGGUCUGAGUGUCCCUGGUUAGGUAUCAGGAUCAGCGAGAGCCCAGAACCGGGUCAGAGGACUUUCACGACGUUAAGUUCUGUCAACUGCCCUUUCAUAAGUACUCUGAGUACCGAAGGCUGUUCUAGCAAUUUGGAAAUUGGAAACGAUGAGUAUGUUUCAGAGCCCCAGCAGGAACCUUGCCCGUAUGCUUGCGUGAUUAGCUUGGGAGAUGACUCGGAGACAGAUACUGAAGGGGACAGCGAGCCCUGUUCAGCCAGAGAACAAGAAUGUGAGGUGAAACUGCCAUUUAAUGCACAACGAAUAAUUUCACUCUCUCGAAACGAUUUUCAAUCCUUGUUGAAAAUGCACAAGCUGACGCCGGAGCAGCUCGAUUGCAUCCACGACAUUCGAAGGAGGAGUAAGAACAGGAUCGCUGCCCAGCGCUGCCGCAAGAGGAAACUUGACUGCAUACAGAAUCUGGAAUCAGAAAUCGAGAAGCUGCAAAAUGAAAAGGAGAGCUUGCUGAAAGAAAGAGACCACAUUUUGUCCACUCUGGGUGAGACGAAGCAGAACCUCACCGGACUUUGCCAGCAAGUCUGUAAAGAAGCGGCGCUGAGUCAAGAACAGAUACAGAUACUUGCCAAGUACUCCGCUUCCGAUUGCCCACUUUCGUUUUUAGUUUCUGAAAAAGGAAAAAGUACUCCUGAUGGUGAACUUGUGUUACCAUCCGUUUUGAUUUUACCUGAGGGGCCCCCGGCGGUGCUGCCUGCCGGAGAGCCGGGCCCUCGCCAUGCCAGCGCCAAGGGCUGUGCGCCCAGCCCGGAGUCCCGGCUCGCCGCUGCCCCCGAGCAGGCCGGCCCCGCGGAACCGGGGCGGCCCGGGGGCGGCAUCUCUGAUUUCUGCCAGCAGAUGACGGAUAAAUGUACCACUGAUGAGUGACCUCGCAUUCACUUCCUGCACACCAUCUCAUUCUCUGCUGCAGUUCUGACGUCUUAAGAUCAUAACACAGCCUCUGGCUCUUAGCAGUAUUGGCUCUAGGCCCCUGGGAGGGAAGUCCUCUGAAGCCAAUCCUGACUUGCCCUUGAUUUCCAUGAGAUGCAGAAACUCCAUGUCCCCCGGAUCCUGAAGAAUUUUAAAGAAUAAUUGCUAUUAGUAGUAACUCUUCCAGUAUGCAAAAUAAAUUUGACACUGAGAACUGCAGCGUAUCAGAGGUUUAACAACCUGAAGCGUCCGCAGAGUUCCUAUAAAGAAGUGGCCUGCGGAAGUUCCAGAACCUGACCGAUUGCACUACACUGGUUUAAAAGGAAAUGCCGCCCCCCCCCCCGCCGGCCCCAAGUAAUGCUGGUAGAGCUCAGCUCUGUCUUGAAGGGGGAUGUCCCCUGUCUCGGGACAUGUGUAGAGCUACAGUGUGAGAAAGACGUCGUCCUGCCUGCAUCCUGGAGCCUUGCUCUUCUCCCACUACCACCAGGGCUUGCUGGGCCUGCACUGCGGCCCCGGAGUGCAUUGGGAACACGCAGGGGACAGAGGCACGUGGGUGGUUGGGCAGAGGCUUCUGCUGCUCCUCAGUGUCGACCUCAGAAAUGCUGGCUGCGUAAACAGAGAAGUGUCAUUCUCCCUCCUUCCUUUUUUCUCUGCAGUAUCCUCCACAUCCGGGUCCAUCAUGAUCUUUCUGGUUCCUGCCAUGCUUGUCCUUCUGGAAGAAGGAGGACUUGGGACACAGUGGCAUAGAGGGGGCGUGCCGGCAGCACUGUUGUGGGCUCCCUGGACGCCCGGAGGGCUUCCCCAAAUAGAAGGCUGUCUGCCGUGCCGCCACAGGUCACCACCUGUGCAAGAACACCAGACAUCACGGGGAAAGAAAACUGCUCGCGUUUAUCGGGAGUGGCAGUUCAUUCUCCAACCUGUUUUUGAAGUCCCGCGGUUGACUUGUAAGCAGCAUUAUUGUAGAUGAAAACGUACCCGCACACAGCUGUGCAGGUUUGUAAAGUAGGAUGGAGCUCAGGCUCCUUCCGUUGUGGGUUUGACUCUGGAAACCAGACUUCAUCUUCUUCACUCCCCCAAAUCUGGUGUAGAAGGGCACAGAAAUGACUUUGACUUGGGCAUUCGUAAUCGGUCUUUGUGUUCAGUCAAUCCGUUUUAAAACAAAGCUUUUAUAGUCUCUGCACCCCAACAUUUUGCAGUGGCUCGUAGCCAUUCAGGUGUUACACGCUUGAGAGUCCAGUAAACCUGUGGACUACGAACCUUCUCAACAGUUGUGGUUUUUUUAAAUUGCAUAUAUUUACAUUUGCAGAACCUAGUUUUAAAGGGCACACAGGAGUAAUUUAUCAUGUUUGGAUUGGAAAAGUAGUUAAUUUCACCAAGAUCAAGAUACCUGAAAGAGAGGCUUAUCGAUUGCAUCCCGAGUCUAGUGAGGGGCCUGUGUAGUAACACGGGAGUCGGGCGUCCGUCCGCAGGAGGGCGUCUGUAGCAAGCACACCUUUGCCGUGACAGCAUGUGGGGACCAGCAUUCAUAUUUCAGACUAAUUUAUCCAACGUUACCCUUUUCGAGGGCGGGGCAGAUACUGCUAGUAUCUUUUCAGUGGCUUGCAGGUUAUCUCUGCUGUUGACUUAGUUGUAAGAGAAAACUAGUUGGGCUUGUUUAUUUUCUAGAGGCUUUUCUAAGAGUAACUUGUCAGGGAGAAUACUUCUAUGAUCAUGCAUCCCAUACUACAGAAGAAUUGUGUGUGUAUACCUAUAUAUAUAGAGAGAGAUAUUAUCCCCAUGUACCUAGCUCUUUGAUACUUGUAAUUUAAAAUUUUAACUCCAAAAUAUAAAAUAAUAUAAAAACUUUUCUGGUUUACAAAAUGUAAAAUCUUAUACAAACCAAUGGAAUCCUUGAUUUCCUACCUCAGUGUUGACUCAGCUGUUUGUCCUGUCGGUUUGCGUCUGUGCAGAUGUCCCGUAGCCUUUCGCUCUAAUGGCUACUGUAAAUAACUGCUCUGAACGGUCAUCUAAUGUUUUAUGAUACGACCUAGGUGUCUCCAGAACCGAAAUAUGCUUUUUAAGACACUUGGUUUAGAUUUCUCUCUACAUAUAGUUUAGCAUUAAGGGUUUAUUUUGAUGAUAUUCUGAAUAUUGGCCAAGUGUGAUAUUUUGUAAAAUACAGCAUUACUUUUAAUAGCCAGCAUGUAAUACAAGUAACCACACUACCUCAUACCUAUAUGAUUUUCAAAUUGUAAUACAGAGGGACAGAGAGAUAAACGAUUUUAUCUUUGUUGUUCAGCCAUAAGGUAGGGACAUUUUCUAUAUGUUGCAUAGCAUUACACAUUUAUGCCUAUUUUAACAUUAACUUCUAAAGAAGUUUUUUUCUAAGAAAGUUUGUUUUGAAUUUUUUUUUUGAGGCUGCCGAAGACAAAUGACAGGAUUAUGUAUAUACAGUGUAUAUCUUUUCCUUCAUGCAGAAUUUUGGAAUGGUUGUUUUCAGUUUGUAUAUGGCAUAUUUACACAAUCAUUGUUCCUUACUUUAUGAAUUGGCCUUCUCAGUGCUUGAUGGUUUUUAAAAAAACUGUUAUGUCUAACUCCAGAAAAUAACAGUACCUUAAAAUUGGUUUCCUCAUUUGAAUUCUACAGCCGUAGCAAAUAAUUUGUUAAAUUGAUACAUUCGAAACACAUAGGGUUAUAAAUUAAAUCUUGGUUCUCCAUCUGUAAAUUUUAAAACCUAACUGUAGCCUAAUGCUUAACCAUUAAAUAUAUUUGAUGCAGUAGACAAUACAGGUUGUAUGUGAACACUUCACCACAUUUAACAACCUGGGGAAAAGAUCAAACAAACAAAUGGCAAUGCUAUAAUGAAUUCUCAGGUGAACUUUUUUCCGUUUUGGAACAUCUAUUUUGAAUCUGUAAAUAUUUUAAGUGUUUUAUUAGGCAUGUAAUAAACUAUCCUUUGAAAUCUAUUAGGCAGAUUGAAAAUUUAAAGCCAUAAUGGUAAAAGAUGGCAUCCUGAUGGUAAAUAAACAGAAAAAAAUAACAUCUAUUGAUUUUUUUUGUAUCUUUCAUAAUAUAAUUUUCUAAUACAAUAAAACCACUAAAUUUAUAUAUCCAGAUCCUGUUAAGAUUAUGUUUCAUUAAAAGGCAACUUUCAUAGUAUUUAAUAAACAUUCUUUCUAAUGUGCUUAUCCAAAUAUAGCAAAACCAUAAAUGCUAGAUAUUGGUGAUAAAUUGACAGAUAAAUAAAAUUAUUUAAAAUGA